GAGAGAGAGAGAGAGACAGACAGACAGACAGAGAGAGAGAGAGAGAGAGAGAGAGAGAGAGAGACAGACAGACAGACAGACAGAGAGAGAGAGAGAGAGAGAGAGAGAGACAGACAGACAGACAGAGAGAGAGAGAGAUAUUAUCCCUGCUGUCUGUUUCGCAACCGGUCCGGAGUUUUCCGCUCCUUUACCGUGGUGCAUAUCUUGAAGGUGACGGAUGCCCUGCAGCGAGUCAGGGCGAGUCCUGCAGACUAUGUGAUGAAAUUUAAAAAUGCUUUAAAAAUGAGAGUUUUCUUUGACAGCGAAGCAACACGUAGCUUUGGGGGCACAUUAAAUACUGUGGCAACUUGUGGAUUCAUACACAAGAUACAGCCUUCCGGCAGCUCUGCACAGGAGCAGUAAUAGGGCGCUCCCAAGUUUCUGAUGCCAACAAGUUGUUUAGUCGGAGCCUCCACUCACAGCCAAUCGUCAUGUUGGAUAAAUUUGGGCCGCAGAGUGCCGGUGUACCCGUCUCCAGCGCGGACCUCCAGCUCAAACUGACGGACAACAAGAGCAGCCUGGCCGCAGCAGGUAUGGGGAUGGAGAACGGAACUGGGAAGAAACUCCUAGAGAUAACUGGACCGGCUUUAUCUAAGAGAAAACUUCUGGUCGGCUUAGACCUGCUCUGCCUCUUCCUAGCUUCAAUCCCUUUCUUUGCGUGUGAGCUGAAGGCAGUGAGUCCGUACAAAAGGGGUUUCAUGUGCGGGGACCCCAGCAUAACCUAUCCUUAUCUGCCCCAAGAGGCCAUAUCAGACGAAUUACUCAUCGCAGGUGGCAUCAUCAUCACCGGCCUCACUAUCGCCCUUGGGGAGUGUUACCGGGUUCGUUUCAGAGGCGUCAGCUCCAAGGCCUUUGUCAGGAACCUGUACGUGUCCUGUCUGUACAAGGAGCUGGGCUGCUUCCUGUUCGGCUGCUGUGUUGGCCAGUCACUGACCAACAUGGCCAAGUUGAGUGUUGGGCGACUGCGACCACACUUCCUGUCCGUGUGCGGUGUCACUUAUGCGUCUCUUAACUGCACACCUGGAACCUAUGUUGCAACAGUGAACUGCCGCCAGCCUGACCACCGGUUGGAGGAAGAGGCCAGGAAGUCCUUCUUCUCUGGCCACGCUUCCUUUGCGAUGUACACAAUGCUCUAUUUAGCAUUUUACCUGCAGGCACGGUUGACAUGGCGUGGGGCUCGUCUGCUGAGGCCAGCACUACAGUUCUUCCUGGUCCUGCUGGCAGUCUACACAGGUCUGACCCGCAUCUCAGAUUAUAGGCACCACCCGUCCGACGUGCUAACAGGCUACAUACAGGGAGCCCUCACUGCUUACUGGGUGGCCCUCCACAUCUCGUCCAUGUUUAAAAGCUCAAGUUCAGAUCUGUCUCCAACCGAGACCCUGGAUAGCCCCUUGUCACCCCACCAUACUGUCUGCUGAAGUUCAUUUCCACCAACCACUGCCUGUAGUCUGGUUUGAAUGGACAAGAGACUUGAAGAAUGUGAGACCAUUUCCUGUGAAGUCAAACCACAUACCUCAGUAUUUCGGAUCAAGUGUGAGAAAGAGAGAGAGAGAGAGGGAGAGAGAGGGGGGGGGAGAGACAGAGACAGUGUAGAGCUUGUGAGAUACUGUACGUGGUUCAAAAGAGAAAACAUAUGAAUUGAGAGAAAGGAAGAGGGAGUGUGCAAACUAUACUGGCUGCUUGGCUGGAGUGUUGCAUGAGCAGCCGUUGUCCUUGUGACUGACUUUAGUUCCACAUGUGAAACUUAACUGUGAGAUGAGACGACUGAAUCCUGAACAGAACCACUACCACUAUAUACUUCACCUGUAAAUAUAUACAGUUUUUGUACAACUCAAAUGAUACUGUAAAAGCACUUUUUGAUUUCCAUGUUAGUAAUAUUAAUUACCACUUUGUGAGGAUUUGGUAUGUAGGAUGUAAUAUAUUUUAUUUAAUUUUUUUUUACAUAAACCCAGUGAAUGUAAUGGUGUUGAAGGAAAGCACAAAUAGCGAGAAAGCAACUCAUUUUCCUAAUGUGUAGCAUUGAGGCUUGGUAGGAUGCGUCCGUCCUGUGUCCAGUGUGUUGUAUAUGUAGUUUAUUAAUGAGAGAAUGACUAAGAAAAUGACUACACUACAUAAUCCAUGUUUGAAAAGCAUGGACACCACUAGUUCUCUUCCUUUUUUUUUAGUACUAAUGUAUGUUGCUAGACUACUUACAGUAUCAGUCCAAGAGCACACAGAUCAUUAAAGAAAAAACUUUUUAAAA